UCGUUCAGAUUUUUCUCCUUGAUUGCUCACUCUCAGUCGCGGCCAGGAAAGAUUGGAAAUCUUGCCCACUGUUACGUACUAGUUCAUCCACCCCACUCCAAUCUGGGCGCAAACAGCAUAGUUAUCAAACGGAAAGCAAGACGACGUAGGUCUGGUUUCUCGCGUCAAAAAUCACCCUUCAAGGCUCGUUUCUAUCCCUAAUUUCGAACCUCUCCUAGAUUACAACACGAAGCAAUGGCUGCUGCAGCGCUUGCUCGUUCUUCUAUCCUGACAUCAGUGAGUUCAGUCAAUGUGUUAUCGUCGCACGCCGUCACAAGCAAACAACGGACCCCAGCUCCCCGAUUAUGGCUCUCAAAACCGACUCGCUCUCUACCAAUCCGCUGCGAGGCCCCAGCCACGAUGACGGAACGCGAGCUAAACCGGCAACUGAAAGUCGCGCCGUCAUCCCUCGAAUACAACGACCGGAUGAAGCGGCAGAUGGCCAAUCCGUACGAGUACCACCACGAGCUUGGCAUCUACUACACCCGCGUGCACCCUAAGAUCAUCGUCGGCUCGCAGCCGCAAACACCGGACGACAUCGACCGGCUUCAGCGCGACGAGGGUGUGCAGGUGAUUCUUAACCUCCAGCAGGACCACGACAUGGCCUAUUGGAAUGUGGACAUCGGCGCCAUCAUCAAGCGGUGCAGGGAACGCCACGUGGAGCAUCACCGCCGGCCAGCCGUUGAUUUCGACCCCAAUUCGCUCCGCCAUGAGCUACCUCGUAUGGUCGCAGUGAUUGCGAAAGCCGUCGCGGAAGGGAAAACUGUCUACGUUCACUGUACCGCGGGUCUCGGCCGGUCUCCAGCAGCCGUGAUAGCGUAUCUGUUCUGGUUCGCCGAGCCUCGCGUGGACCUGAACGCCGCGUACGACCACGUUACAUCUCUCCGCCCGUGCGGUCCCAAGAAGGAUGCAAUUCGUGGCGCAACUUAUGACCUGGCGAAGAACAGCCCCUACCAGCCGCAAUUCGAGCAUCUUCCGGACUUCGCGUUCACUGACGUGGCGCAGUGGGAGCGAGACCUUAUCCGUCAGCGCGUAUGGGCUCUAGCUUAGUGGACUCCAUACUAUCAGCGGUUGCAAGUGGAGACGGUUGAAAGGUCCCAGCCUCGUUUCUGUACAUUCACAGCAACGCAGCAGCAGUGUCCCGUUUUAUCACCCCACUGCGGGUGGUUCUAGAGCCUCAGCGGCAACACAGGAGGGCUUGGGCUUGCGGAGAUUUGCCGCCAUAGUAUCGUGGCUGGCAGUCUGCAGGUUCUCCCAGUACUGGCUUCUGACAUACACUAAUUCUUGCUGUACAUUCGCCCAUUCGUUCAUUCAUUAGUU